AUGGCUGCCAACAUCCACCCGCAGAAACUGCCCCCGUCUGUGGCCUCCGAUUUAUCCUGCGCAAAAAUAAGCUGCGUAAAGUGUUCCUCAGCGAACGACACCAACUGUGCCAGGGCAAAGCUGGAGCCCGUCGAGUGUGCCCAGGAGGAUGAUCAGUGCUUUUUUCGUAUUGUUAACGACAACUUGAUCCGCGGAUGCUACGCAGAUCUGAACGCGAUUGAGCAAGCUAGCUGCGACAGUAACGGGGGAAUGUGCGUGAAGUGCCAACAGAGUGGCUGUAACAAGGCUUACUGGCCUCGAUGUCACACGUGCGUUGAAAAUGUUGAUGUUGGAUGUGAGGAUGAGCAGUCUGAUUCGAGCAAGACCUCGUUUUGCAGUGUAUUCAAGUCGGAUAACUACUGCUUCGCUAGUUUGAACAAUGAUAUAGUAUUACGUGGAUGCGGUUCCGACUACCCUGCAUGCCUUGGAAAUCGUCUAACCUGCCAGAUGUGCUACAGUGAUGGUUGUAACAGUUUGUCCAAAACUGGUUUGACCGAAUCCAAGUGUCAGAAAUGUUACUCAUUAGAAGAUGAUUGUAUUUACGGAAAUUCCUCCGCAAUAAUUACGAGCUGUUCCCGAUUGGGUGAUCCUUGCUUCACCACCAUCAGAGAUGGCAAAAUCCAACGUGGAUGCCUCGAUUUUGCCGAUAAUGUAAGACUCUGCUCUGAUCCCACCGAUGCCACGUGUGUGGCCUGCCAAGGUGCCAACUGUAACGCAAAUCCGUGGCUUCGGUGUCAUCAGUGCAGGGUAACCGACGUGGACAAGAGCUGCAACGAUGAGAAGGCUAACCAGACCAUGGCUACAUUCUGCAGAAAUCACCAAGCAAACGACCGGUGCUACUCGCGGACGGUGGAUGGAGUUUUCGAGCGUGGCUGUCAGUCAGAUUUGGGAGCAAACGCUAAUGCUUGUGACAACCUGGACGAAAAAAAGUGCCAACUUUGCGCGGAUCCUGGCUGCAACAAAUACAAGAACUCUGCCGGACAGUUUAUGAUCAAUUUAACCGUUUUGUUGCUGGGAGUGGUUGCAGCGGUAUUGGUGGAGAAAUUUUAGAUUGAAUGUUACAUAAAAAAUAUCAUAUAAUCUUGCAAAUGAAGAUCUUUCC